AUGACGGAAACCCGAGAGUCAGCCCCCAAAAAUGUUUUGGGGGGGCAGAUGAUGUGGGCGUCGGUGCUGAGGUGUGAGUCUGAGACCGAGGAGGAAUUCUUGGACCGUUUGAGCGAGGAGUGGUUGGCAGUGGAGAGGGACGAAAGAGUUUGGAGGGGUUGGAGUCUGGAGCAAGACAGUCGCUUUGAGGAGUGUGUGACCCUUCAGGCACCAUGCUUUGCGGUUACACUUUCCCACGAAACCUGCCUCCUGGACCAGGUGCUGGAGCUGAUUGUGAAUGAGAAGCCCCCCAACACUGGCAGCCUUUUCCUGAACGAGGACGCUGACAAGCCCCCCCUCCCCAAUCGAGGCCUCUGGCGGCGGCUACAUAGGGCCAUGCAGAAGAGAGCGGCCAGCACCAAGGACAGGAUGAGCACCAUCACUAAGGAGAGCGUCAAGGGCUUCCUGAGACGCAACCUCUUUGUCCUCCUCACCAUCUCAGCAGUGGCUCUGGGUGUCAUGCUGGGUUUCGCCCUGCGGCCCCACAACCUGACCCUCAGGGAGAUCAAGUACUUUGCCUUCCCUGGAGAGCUGCUGAUGAGGAUGUUGCAGAUGCUGGUUCUGCCUCUCAUCGUCUCCAGCCUGGUCACAGGUAUUUCCUCUCUGGACAGCAAAGCGUCUGGGAAGAUGGGAAUGCGGGCUGUGGGUUAUUACAUGGUGACCACCCUCAUCGCUGUCUUCAUAGGCAUAGUCAUUGUGAUCGUCAUCAAACCAGGGAAAGGCCAUAGGGACAGCCCAGUGGCCUCUAGCGGUACCAUAGAGCCGGUACAAGCAGCUGACGCCUUCCUGGAUCUCAUCAGGAACAUGUUCCCUCCUAAUUUGGUGGAAGCCUGUUUCAAGCAGUACAAAACGGUAUACAAGAAGACCAUCCACACGAAGAACGUGACUGUUGCCCUCAGUCUGACUGACUCCCUCAACGCUACAGAGGCUGCCUUGGCUGUUAACAUGAGCAGAGUGCUGCAGACCAUCCAGGAGACAGUGGUAGAGAUGAUCCCCGUGUCUGGUUCCUCUAACGGGGUGAACGCCCUGGGUCUGGUGGUGUUCUCCAUGUGCUUCGGCCUGGUCAUCGGCAGCAUGAAGCAGCAAGGACAGGCCCUCAGGGACUUUUUCGACUGCCUCAACGAAGCCAUCAUGCGCCUGGUGGCCAUCAUCAUCUGGUAUGCUCCAGUUGGCAUCCUGUUCCUCAUAGCAGCUAAGAUCGUGGAGAUGAAGAAUCUGGCCGAGGUGGGAGGUCAGCUGGGGAUGUACACGGUGUCUGUCAUCGUGGGUCUGCUCAUCCACGGCUUGUUUGUCCUGCCCCUGCUCUACUUCCUGGUCACCAGGAAGAACCCCUACACUUUCAUGGCUGGCCUUCUGCAGGCCCUCAUUACAGCACUGGGAACAUCCUCUAGCUCUGCCACCCUGCCCAUCACCUUCCGCUGUCUGGAGGAGAACAACCGUGUGGACAAGAGAGUGACACGCUUCAUCCUGCCCGUGGGUGCCACCAUCAACAUGGAUGGCACUGCCCUCUACGAAGCCGUGGCAGCCAUCUUCAUCGCCCAAGUCAACGACAUGGAACUCAACUUUGGCCAGAUCCUCACCAUCAGUAUCACAGCAACAGCUGCCAGCAUCGGCGCAGCAGGCAUCCCACAGGCUGGUCUGGUUACCAUGGUAAUCGUAUUGACAUCGGUGGGACUGCCCACAGAGGACAUAACGCUGAUCAUCGCUGUGGAUUGGUUCCUGGAUCGCUUAAGGACCACCACCAACGUGCUGGGGGACUCUAUCGGGGCAGGCAUCGUGGAGCACCUGUCUCGCCAGGAGUUGCAGAGCCAGGAUGUUGAGGUGGGCAACUCAGUGAUUGAAGAGAAUGAGAAGCCCUACCAGCUCAUCUGCCAGAAAAACGACUCAGUGAAGCAUCGCAACAGUGAGACCCCCAUGUAG